UGGCUCCGGAUUGACGUUUAAUACGUUCCGCCGAUUGUAUCUCGAUCGGCCGCUAUCGCUUUAUCGUCGCUUUAUGUAGACGUAGUAUCCAAAAGUGUACGCCCUAUUUUUCCUUAUAUGUAAUCCCACAGCAGCAGCUGUGUGUGUGUGCGCCAGUGAAAAAAUGUAUGUGCCACACAUCAGCUGGUAACAUCUGUCGAUAAAUCAUAUUUCCUUUGAGUUUUGCUCAAAACAUCAUCCUGGUCCAAUACAUGUUGGUGGUGUGAUGGCACAAGAAACUCGCACCGAUGAUGGCAUGUACAUAAAACAAGAGACCUCUAGUGUGAUACAUAAUGUAUGUUUUGUUUGUGGAAAUUCUGGACAUCCCGAGCAGUAUUGGUUACGUGUACGACCGCCAUCAGCUGGACCAUCUGAUGGCACACCACAUUUUCCAUUUUUGGAAAUGCAUGAACCUCCACAAGGUUAUAGACAACCUUUGAAUGCCAAACAAGAUAGUGCGAUAACAAGUUGUUACUUGUGUUAUUCACUAUUAAUCGGUCAAUGGGAUCGAUAUGAAAGAGAAAAUGUUCCAGCCAGGCAACGUGUCUACUGGUUAAAACGCUGUGAUAAUGGUCCAUUUACUGGUGCUGAUCUUUCUACACAAGGAGAAUAUGCAUGCCAACUAUUGGGUCUCAGUGUUGACUACACUAAUAGUCAUAAGGAUACAAUCAUGUCAUCUGCAAUGUCUCAAAUUACUGGAGAAGAUAGUCGAGGUGCUAGAAUACCACUUACAUCAAUUUCCACAUCAUCUGAUCACAUAGCACAAUUAAAUGGUUCAAAUCCAAUUAAUACAAAUACACCUCAUUCUAAUCCAGGAAGUUAUAGUAGUAGUAGUGGUACAGAUAUUUUAGAUCUAUCUAUGCCUGAUAAAAAUUCUUCUACUGAAGUAUGCUAUGUAUGUGGAGAAGAAUUCCGACGAGGUUCCUUAUCACAUGUGUCAGCUAAACCACCAGCUACUGUUAAUCAAACUGAGCAACCUUUUUUUCCUAGCCUUAUGCUUCAUCCUAGACCCCCUCGUUCUAGGCCAAUGGAUAGUACAGGACGUGUACAAACAUGUACUGCUUGUCAUGCUCAUCUUUUAAAUCAGUGGCAGGUCUAUACGUCAAAAGGCAUUCCACAUGGUGAAAGGAAUUAUAUUUUGCGUAAGCGAUUAAUUCCAUCCAUAGAUACAUCUACAUUUAUUUGUUUUACCUGUUCACUAGAAUACCCUUCGUCUUCUAUGAGGUCUUUAUAUUGUUAUCCAAAUAAUAUCCGUGAACCUUAUUAUCCGUCAUUGACGAAAAUAAAAACUCCACCUGGUGCACUUCCUAUAUCUUCUCAAGGCACUGUUCAAGUUUGUGCAGUUUGUUUUAAAUCUGUACCUCAAAAACAUCAAGUUACUAUGUUAAUGGAUUUGCCUGUUGUUCCAUCACCUUCUCCAUCUCUUCAAUCAAUUAAAUCACCAGAUAUACGUUUUCGGCCCUAUGAUAUAACAAAACCAAAUAAAUCACAAACACCAACACCGUCUGAAGCACAUCGUAGUACUCAUGCAGUUAAUUCUGAUGUAUCUGGUAAUGGAGGACCAGUUCGUAUCAUGAGUGGUAAUAACUUUCGUUGUUAUGUAUGCUAUGAAAUGCAACAUCGUUCACAAUUAGAAUGGAUAUGUACAAAUGCAGAAGGCAUGAAUUCACAUGCUAUGCAUUUUCCAUGUCUUACACAAUUAUCUAGGUCAUCGGAAAAUUAUUGUGUUGAAUCCCAAGGUAGAGUAUUAGCCUGUUCUAAGUGUGUUCCACAGCUAUCUGCCCAAUGGAAUUCUAUGGAAGCCAACAGGGUCCCUUUAGAACAUAGAAGGUAUAACGUUCCUAGUUUGAAUGUUAAUGGUUAUAAUACUCAACAAAUAUCUAGUCGAAAUGACAUUUCGUCUAUUUAUUGUUUCUUAUGCAACCACCAUUCAGACUUAACUUAUGCCAGAGUAUUAUAUAGCCGUCCACAAGGUCGAAAUGCACCAUAUUUCCCAUAUCUUUUAAAACAUGAAACUACACAAGGUGCAGAACAAUUGCGUGAAGACGGAUCUGCAUUAGUGUGUACAUUUUGUUAUCAUGCUUAUGUUGCCCAAUGGCGAGACUAUGAAUCAAGUUCCAUACCUAUUCCACAGCAUGAAAGAAGUUAUAAUCAUAAGGAAUAUGUAUGUUAUGUUUGUACACAAAGAGCUGGACGUCGACAAAUUCGUUCACUUGCAGUUAAUGACUAUCCUUUUCUACGAUACCAUCGUCAAAUUGAUCAAGCAUUGUUAUUAGAAAAUGGAGAAUUUGCCGUUGUUUGUGUUGAAUGUUAUGAAACAAUACAUAUACAAGCUAUCGAAUAUGAACGAUUUGGUAUGCCAUUAGAUAAACAAAGUCUUCAAAAUACUAAUACUGUUAAAAUGGUAAAGCAAGAAGACAAUUAUAGCCAACGAGUGCCACAAAAUAUGACAGUUGAAAAACCACAGUCGUUUGUCCAAACAAAUAAAGGCCAACGACUAAUUGUUAAACGACAACAACAACAACAACAACAACAACCUGCUGCUGAGAGUACAAAGCGGUCUAAGUUAAAUUCUAAUCAAUACAACUCUAAAACAGAUGCAGGUUUAGUCAAACCUCAACCAACAAGUUCAGGUUCGAAACAUACUUUAAUGCCAAAUCUUAUUGGCCAAGCUCCGCCACCUCCAUCCCCUGGUGGUAGAUCAUUUGCUGCUGCUCUAAGAAAUUUAGCUAAACAAGCUGGACCCCCUUCUACUCAUUCUAACGAUAAAGAAGGAAUUGAGUCCCAAGAGAAACAUCAGCAAGAAUCUUUAAAAGGACGAAUCGCACUUUCAAGCUGUAAUAAAUCACAACCAGAUAAUGAAUCAAAAUCAAUUGGUCUGAAUACAGAGCCUCGAAGUGGAUUUCAACCUUAUAAGCCUGAUGAACAAAGAACUAUGGUACCUACAUCAGCAUCUGCUCCUCAUUUUGCUGUUGAUCCUGCCUCAUAUUCACCUUAUCAUCCUGCAAAUCUGUAUUCUCCACAUUUUCAACAUGCCUUCCGGAUUGAAGAACAAAUGUAUCUUGAAAGAUGUGGGGUACCUUUGUUUCCUACUUCUCCAUAUCAUCCUCAUAGUAGUCCUCAUCCUUCAGCUCUAUAUGGACUUCAUCAUUUACAGUCACCAUUAGUCAUGUCACCAAAUAUAGUAGAUAGAAUGAAAAUGGAAGAAGACAGACUACAAAGAGAUAGAGAUAUGCAAGAGCGAGAAAAAAGAGAUAAGGCAAAACAACAACAACGAGUUAAAAAUGUUCAUACUAUGGCAGCUGACCUUUCAGGAAGGCGUCAUUAAUGUCCAUUAUUAGUCAUACAACUAAACCUCAAUUUGUAUGUCUUUCGUGAACAUCAUAAUGCCAAAUUCAUCAAAAAAAACAAAAGUUACAGUUACCAAAAUCAAACCACCUAUGUAAUCAAGUGAUACCCAGUCAUAAUAACAACAAAUCAACAAGCUUCAAAAACUGUUAAACUACAUUUCUUCUUAUACUCCUGAAGUCGUCUAAACUUCUAAUUCUUUUUAUACUAUACAACAACUAUUACAACAUAUUUUGAAUUCAACAAAUCUUGAAUUAAAAUGUAUCUAAUAGUAUUUUACAAUCAACGACAAUGGGAUCUUAACAAAAUAUAAUACUUCAUUUUUCUCAAUAUGCCAGAAACAUCACCUAUAGAUCAACAGUCACAAGAUUGCUAGUUGAAUCAGUAUACGGUCUUUGGAAUUUGCAAGGAAAAUCAAGAAAAAAUGUUUUGUGUUAACAAUUACAAUAUCAACUAAAAAUAUUGAAUAUAAAAAAAUGGUUUGCAAAUAGGAACAAAUUUAUUCUCUCAAGAACUUCAACUUUUUAUAAAGUAUUAUAUCAACAUUUAACAUGCUGUUCCAAUAAUAUUUUCAAUCAUGCCACUAAUUCCACCGUAUAUUCUCAAUUGCUCAAUAAGAACCCUUAGUUUUUUCUAUGUAUUUGGCAUUUGAGCAAAUCGAAUGACAUAAUCACAUCACCCCUAUUGAUUACAUUUUGUUUUACCAUUUUUUUUUAUUAUUAUUAUUAUUAUUAUUUAGGGAAUAUAUAUUUUUUUUUAUAUACUAAUUACAGUAGGUAUCUACAAAUUUACUACUUAUUUAUUAAUUUAAGUAAUAUUAUUUAUAUCUGUACCAAGUAUAUAUACUAUUUAUAUAUAUCUUAGAUGUAUGUAUGUAUGUAUAUGCAUAGUUAUAUAUUAUUGUGUUAUGAUUUUACUAGGUACAAUAAUAUUACAUAACAUCCAAGUUACAAAGUACCAUGUAACAAUAAUAAUAAAUUUUUCUGUACAUGCAUUAUAUGAUCACCAACUGAGAUCUACAAUAUUGUUAUGUGAUAAUACUAAAUUAAGAUAUUAUUUUCUUGUAUAAUUGAUUGUUAGCUAUUUAAGAGUCAUUGCUCAAUGAUAACGAGCUGAUAAUUAAUGGCUGACAUCUCAAUGAUCCCUUUCCCUCUCACCCAUUUUUAUUUUAUUUUUUUAUUAUAUUAUUAUUAUUACAUGUAUUUUUUUUUUAUUAUACAUAAUUUGUAAUAUCUGACAAUAUUGGAAACAACCAAUUAUGUCCUGUGAUUUUUAAGCCUGGUAUACUAAUCCCUUAAUUUUUCCCAAAUAAUAAUAAAUAGUUCAAUACUUUUAAUUUAAAUUAUGUUCUUCUAAUAAAUAGUUCCUACCUACCCAAAUUUAAGCUAUGUUUUUUAUAAUAAUGCUUAAAGUGUCCUGUUUCAGUAUUAUAUUAUUUUUUCUACUAUAACUUAAUCAUGAACAAAUUUUAUUUUCUAAAUGAAUUUUGUUACCUUAUAACUAUGUAAAAUCAUGAUGUUCAUUGAUUUUCAUAUUAUGACUGAACGCCAAGGCACAUAAUAAAUAUAUACAUAUUAUAUAAUAAUACCCGCACUCACUCCUACUAGAAUAAUAUAAUGAUUUUAGUUAAUAUAACAUAAAUGGUUUAUAUAUUGAUCUUUUUUAUUGCUUAAAAAUUAUUUUGUAAAUAAAUUAUUGAAUAAAAAAAAAGAUUAAAUGAA